CUACACGCGACGAAGAGCUGUCUCUCCACGCUGUUGACGGAGGGGGCUGCUGAUGUGUUCCCACUCUCUGUUCUCGCUUAGUAAUCCAUAGUCAUGGAGAAAAAAGGCUCCAGUUCCUUCGGGAAGAAACCGAAACCCGCGAAGAUGAAAGACGGAGCCGACCCCGUCAAAAACUUUGAGAAAUGGAAGAAGAAGUACAACAGGACGAAAGCGCGAGUGAAGCGAGAGAGGGUGCACACGAAGAAGCCCGAGUGGCAGGUCGAACGGGAGUACAUCGACAGGCUCGUCAGCAGGUACAGCGACAUAAACAGCAAGGAGGCUAUCAAGUUUUCCGACUUUCCUAUUUCAAAGAAAACCUUGUUAGGUCUGCAGGGGGCUCAGUACAGACAACCCACAGAGAUCCAGAGACAGACCAUCAGCUUCGCUUUACAAGGCAAAGAUGUCCUCGGCGCAGCAAAGACCGGCUCUGGGAAGACUUUAGCCUUCCUCAUACCGGUACUAGAGUGUCUGUACCGCCAGCAGUGGACCUCCAUGGACGGCCUCGGCGCUCUCAUCAUUUCCCCCACCAGAGAGCUCGCCUACCAGACCUUCGAAGUCCUCCGCAAGGUGGGCAAGAACCACGAGUUCUCCGCAGGGCUCAUCAUCGGCGGGAAAGACCUGAAGAGCGAGUCAGAGAGGAUCCAGCACACCAACAUUGUUAUUUGCACCCCAGGUCGGCUGCUCCAGCACAUGGACGAGACAGCCGCCUUCCACGCCUCUAACCUCCACAUGCUGGUCCUGGAUGAGGCUGACCGCAUCCUGGACAUGGGCUUCGCGGAUACGCUCAACGCCAUCGUGGAGAACCUCCCCAAGACCCGGCAGACGCUGCUGUUCUCUGCCACGCAGACCAAGUCGGUCAAAGACCUGGCCCGGCUCAGCCUCAAAGACCCGGAGUACGUGUGGGUUCACGAGAAGGCCAAGUUCAGCACGCCGGCCACGCUGGAGCAGAGCUACGUGGUGUGCGAGCUCCACCAGAAAGUCAACAUGCUCUACUCGUUCAUCAGGAGCCACCUCAAAAAGAAGAUCAUUGUCUUCUUUGCCUGCUGCAAGGAGGUGCAGUACCUGUUCCGGAUCCUGUGCCGCCUCAGACCCGGCAUGCCUGUCCUGGCUCUACAUGGCAAGCAGCAGCAGAUGAAGAGAGUGGAGGUCUACAACGACUUCCUCAGGAAGCAGAACGCUGUGCUCCUGGCCACUGACAUAGCCGCCAGAGGCCUGGACUUCCCCGCCGUCAACUGGGUGCUGCAGUUCGACUGCCCGGAGGACGCAGACACCUACAUCCACAGGGUGGGCCGCACAGCCAGGUACAAGGAGGGGGGAGAGGCCUUGCUGCUGCUGCUCCCCUCAGAGGAGAAGGGCAUGGUCAGCCAGCUGCAGGAGAAGAAGGUCCCCAUCAACAAGAUCCAGGUGAACGCAGACAAACUGCAGAAUAUCCAGCAGAAGCUGGAGGCUUUCUUGGCCCAGGAGAAGGAGCAGAAGGAGAGAGCCCAGAGGUGUUUUGUUUCCUACCUGCGCUCCAUUUACCUGAUGAAGAACAAAGAGGUGUUUGAUGUCUUUAAACUCCAGAUUCACGAGUACGCAAUUUCUCUGGGCCUCGCUGUGGCUCCGAGAGUGCGUUUCUUAAAUAAAGCUCAGGCACAGAGAGCUGAAAAAGGAGGGCAGAGAGAGGAGGAGCAGUCUGAGGAAGAGGAGGCGCUGAAGAGCUUCAAGGCCCAGCUGAGUGGAAGCGUUCCUUGUGAGGAAGGGCAGAGCUCUGAUUCCGAAGACUCAGGUGAUGAUGAGGAAAGUGGUAAUGAACCAGAGCUGGAUCGUUCCAAGGCGCUACUUCUGGGUGCAGAGGACGAGGAUGAGGACGAUAUGAGGGACUUGGACCUGCUGACGGUCAAAAGAAAGGAUGUCUUCAAUCUGACAGGGGACCAGGGGAGUGCAGAGGACCUGGAGAGUGCAGAUGAACUGGCCACGGACAAAAAGAACAAGGAAAAAGAGACAAAGUUCAAAGAAGCCAAAAAGGCCCUCAAGAGAAACUUCCAAGUCAACACCAAAGUGACUUUCAACGAAGAAGGAGAGGCUGUGCAGCUGUGGCCGCCAGUCCAGCGAGCUGUGACCGGUGAUGGGGAAGAAGAAGAGGAGGAGGAGGAGGAGGUUUCAGGUAUCAACGUGGAGAAGGCUAGGGAGAGGCUGAAACGUGAGGACCAGGAGUUUGACAAGCAGGAGUACAGCCGCAAAGUGAAAGCCAAACACAGAGAGAAGAGGCUGAAGGCGAAGGCAGCCAGGAGGGAGGCCAACAAGAAGAACGGGCAGAAAUCUGACGACGAUGAGGAGGACGAGGUGAUGGCGUAUCUGGCCAAUCACAGCGAAGACGAGUUUGACCCCAGCACCUUGCCAGACCCUGACAAACUGCGUUUGGAGGGGGAGGAGGAGGAGGAGGAGGAGGAGGAUCAAAUAAGGUUGGCCAAACGGCAGCACAGCAGUGAGAGAAGUGAUGAGGAAGAGGAGGAGCUCACUGUGGGGAAGAGGAAGAAAGUGAGGCAACAGGAUGAGGAGCACACAGCCUUGGACACUGGUCUAUCUCUGGCUGAAGAUGAGGAGUUAGUCUUACAGCUGCUCGGAGGACGAAGGUAGAGCGAACAGAGAGCAGUGGGAGGACUUACACACAUUCUGAACUCAUUCACACAAAGUUCUAACAGCCAGUAGUUCAGUGAGAAAACAUCAAAGUACAGGAGCUCUGUCCCAAUUCCCAUUCAAGACUACAUGCUAAUGGAACCUUCCUAUGUCCCGCCCUGUACUUAGAUAUGCUAUGUGCUAACCCUGUCUGUAUUGAAAAGAGAAACACAUUUUUAAGAUGGGUAAAGGAUAACAGAUAUACAUGCUAUCUAGCUAGCUAAUCUGCAUGAAUUGUUAGCAAGCGUUUUUGCUAAAAUUAGCUAUCAGUAUGUAGAUUAGUUAGCCAACUAGCACUGUCUAGCUCAUUAGCAUAAGAAAGGUGGACGUCGUGUCGUCAGUGCUCAGUUAAACAGGUAGAUAUGUGUGAUAGAAGCACAGUGCC